GACGACGAGAAUUUCAGUGACACAUUGUCGGGAGACGAUAAUUUCACUUGGACCGAGAUAUGGACAACGGAAGCGGGUGCGACGAAGAGAGAUGGAUUCCUGGCGACGCUUCUUUGCUUCGUGCGCACGAAGAAAAACUUAGUGUCGUGUACGCUGGAUAUCUAGCUACAGAGCAGUUCAGCUUGGCGCUUUCCCGACACAAUACGCGCUCGAUGUUGAAGGUCUGUUGCUCAGAGCGCUGUGUCGACAACGCUGAUGGAAACGCUUGUUGGUGCCGUUACAAGGUUAACUCGUGCAAAAACAGCGGUACCGUAGCAGUUUCAAGCAAGGUAAUCACAUCAUGCGGGACCUAAACGCCUUGACACCUCAACGACCCGAGCUCACGGAUGGUACGAAUGCGUUCAUUCGGCACCAACUUGCUGAGGUUCCCGCGACAGUCCCAUACCGUAUUUACAGCGUCAUCGUGUCCAAGGUUGACAAUGAAGAACUACCUGGGCCUGCACCCUAUCGUCGCAAAGUGGACAAUUACGUUCGCUUUUGGAGAAGAACAAACCCCACCGACGAGAUGGCACGCGUCAUUGACAUGUGUGACCAACUUUUGUACGAUGAGGUUGGAAUGCACCCAGAAGUGCCAACAAAUUUAGUGAUUCUGUGCGAUACCAAUAUUGCAGGUUGCCUCUGUAGGAUGCGGAAGUGA